CGCGCUCGGGUUGGGCAGGGGGUAUACAGUAACCAGAGUAGUCUGUUUGGGAUCUUCGCGUCAAUCUCCACUAGAACCCAACAGUCGAGCGUGGCUCGCGAUCCUCGCGCAAGGAAAAGAGAGGUCGAAUAGCAAAACGGUCGCGUCGCUCCUCCCCAAGAUCAAGACUUCGAGUCCUAUGUUUGAAGUGGGGGCUUACUGGACGGGCCGAAGAUGGGCCCCUCCGCCCCGCCCCUCUCUGGACUCUGGAGCUUGCGGGUACUUAGGGAAGGUCCGAGACGACAUUGUCCGAUCGGUAGGAAGUCGUAUGUCCCGUCCCAAGGCAUAUGCGGCUUGACACUGCCUCGAAGUGGCCACCUGCGGGCGGAACAACGCCCGUUUAUGGGCGGAAGAGGUAGCCCCGUGAGCCGCCGCGGCGCGCAGAGAGACAGGAUCCCCUCGACAAGACGGGGCAUGUACUGAGAACGCAUGCGUAGCAGCCAAACGCGGCUGCCGGAUGGAUUGCGCUCGCCUGUGCAAGG